ACAUCUCCCGUGCCAAUGUGGCAUGUCGGUCAUGUGUGACAUAGCAACCAGGAUAGACUACCCCAGUGCCUGAUGAAGUUAUUCACAUCAUCUGUUAUUGUCAACGCUAAACAUUUCUAACAGAUCAUUUUAAAAUUUUCAAUAUCUAGUCUCGUUUUGAAAAUCUGUAUUUACCGCAUCACGUGACUGGUGAUUUCGUGGGAUAAUGUGCUGUUUGGCGUGACAGAAAACAUCAUAUUAUUCUAUCCUGUGGAACCUGAAACCAAGUUUGUGACCAUACAGUUAUAAUAAAGUUGCGGAAAGACUGACCAAAUGGGAGUAAUUCAUUUUAACAAUACAACGGAACAUUCCAAACAGGACAAGAACGGUGAAAGCUAUGCAGCUAAUUUUGAAUACUACCCAUUUUUGGAAACAGAGAAAUAUUCUUUUUACAAAGGGGUUUUAAAUGGCGAGACAUUCACAAACACCCGCCAUGGAGAGUUCUGUGUUUUGCGCGCGUUCAGGGAUAAAACAGCUCAAAGUGAAAACGACUGGGUUGUCUACAUGCGACGAGCUGACGCGUGCCUCGAACUGAUAAAGAAGUACAACAGUCACAACAAACACAAUAUCUUCUCAUUCCAACGUCCGCUGCUGACGAAAAUCAACCGGAAAUCGUCUUUCAUCGGGAUCUUCCGUCUAUACAAACGCCACGAAAAGCAUCUCGCUCGGGAGGAACAUGUGGUUUUGGAGCCGUUUUUAGAAGGCGAGAUGGUAUCUUUGGACUUAAGCAAUUCCUUAAUAAGUCUACCAGGAAUCUCAGAAACGGAACAAGGGGAGAGUGUUACAAAUGAACAAAAAUUACAAGCAUUCUCACACUACAGCUGGCACCAAACCAGAUCGCUAAUCGUGUCUGACAUACAGGGUGUCUAUGACAGUCAAAAAUCUGUUUUUAGAUUAGCUAAAGCAACCAUCCAUUCCACCAAACGCAGUUACGGUGAUACCGACGGAGGUAUUUCCGCCAUAGAGGACUUUUUUAACAACCACGUUUGCAAUCCAGUAUGCUGCGGGUGGCACAAGUAUACGACCAACGAGGAGCAAAGUGAACCGUCUCAGUAUACAUGGCUGAACCAGCCAGAUUAAUCACACAGACGCCAUCUUGUUUUGCUAUGACAAGGACACGUGACUUUAUUUUUAACUCACUAGCAGUUACAUAUCCUGGACAAAAAAAAAAGGUUUUCAAAAACAUAACUAGAAAAGUUAUAAAAUAAGUAACUGGUCAAAACAUCCAAUUCAUAUUAUAAAAAAUGUGUAACUAGGUUUUAGGGGUCAUCCAUAAAUGACGUCACGCUUUUUUGGACGAUUUU